AUGUGUCAGGCAUCAUCAUACAUCAGGCAAAUAAUCAAUACAGGUCCGGUUGGCGCGGCGGUCAGGCCUGGAGUGCCAGCGGUAGAAUGGGAGCAGCGUGGUUUCCUGGUGUCGACGUAUGUCCAGUUCCUAUAUGUUAAACAAAACAGCAUUAUAAACAUAAUUAGUAUGUUGUCUCUGGAGGAGCUGGCUGUGCGCCUCUUCGACGUCGGCGCAGUGCGUCUGGGCGAUAUAGAAGCAAAGAUUGGCAGGCGCACACCAAUCUAUUUCGACCUGAGGGUUGUGGUGUCACGACCAGAGAUCAUGAUGGCGGUUGCUCAGCAGUUACAAAAACUAGCGCGGGAAAUAAAUCACGAUCUUCUGUGUGGUGUACCUUACGCAGCCCUCCCUAUUGCUGCCGUUAUGUCAGUCAACACAAACACACCAAUGAUUAUGAAAAGAAAAGAAACAAAACUAUACGCCACCAAAAAAAUACUAGAAGGUUUAUUUGAAAUAAAUCAAAAUUGUUUAGUUGUCGAGGAUGUAGUGACAUCUGGUGGGAGCUUACUCGAAACUGUUGACACUUUACGUUCCGAGGGUUUGAUUGUAUCACACGCUGUAGUAGUUCUCGAUCGGGACCAAGGUGGCGCUAGAGUGUUGAAAGAGAACGGAAUCAUUGUGAAACCAUUGUACUCUAUGACAGGUUUAUUAAAAAUGUUGAACGACGCCGGCAAGAUAGAUAGUGAAACUGUAGAUAUUAUUCUAAAUCAUAUUAAAGAAAGUCAGUUUAAUACCGCUAUGAAGGAUAAUUUAGAAUUAUUGUAA